AUGAAGAAUUACUUUCUAGGCCUCCCCGUGCUCUUGUUCAUCUCGACAUGCCAAAGUUACAUCCCCCAUUGGGGGAAAAACCAAAGUGUAAAUGUGCCCAUGGGGUACAGACAACGUAGACGCGAAGGGACAUGCCCACGUGAAGUCCAAAGCUACAUGAAAAGGCUAAGAAACGCUAGUGUCGAAAUUGACAUAGAGAACAGGAAAGACUUAUCCAAGCUUGAAAUUAUAAAAAUGUUUUUAAAAGGGGUGAAGGACUGUAAAAAUGUCGAACGUUUAAGAGAGAAGGCCAAGGGACACGUGCCCCCAACUACGAAACGAAAACUAAUGAAGCAAAGACGAAUGGCCAACCUACGAGCUCACGUGAAAAAUUGCAGAAUAAGGAAACAGGAGGAAGUUCCGCCGGAAAAGAACAUCCUCAAUUUCCCCAAAAAUCAGAUCAAAAAUAUAAAUGCCGCCGUCCUGUACUUUAGGCAUUAUUUCGAAAAGUACGAAGAUAAUAAUACGAAUUGA